UUCGCGGCGGUGUGGGGCUUAUAAAUCUGGGAGAAAGCCCGCCGACCGCGCAGUCUUACUCGGAAGUCGGCGCAUUCCCGACUCAAAGAAUUUUCAUUGUGUUCAUUACGAUAAGUUUUGUGGUUUAAUAUGAAGAUGAGGUGGAGUUAUCUGAUGGCGGUCCUGCUGCUGGGAGCCGUGGUCGCUGAAGACGACGACGACAUCCCCGACGCUGGUGUGGAGGAGGACGACGAUCAAGUGUCCCUGAAACAAGAGGAAUCUCGUAACUUGCGGCCGCGAGCCUACAACACACCAGCAGCGUAUCCCAACACUCUACCGACAGGGUUUCGACCGACGCCUUCACUGGCCGAGCUCGCCGGAUACCAAAGACAACAGUCCGAGGAGUACAUAGUGCCGACAAGACCACAACAAUACGUGGAGGAACAACGCCCGCAAAGACCUCUGCAACGGAAGCAACAGGAACAGCGACCUAUCAAGUACCAGCAGGAAGAGUCAGAAGAAGAACUCGAAGAGAAAGAGGAGCCGGAUCGUUUGUCACAACUGCUGCAGCAAUCCAAGUUCAACUGCGUCAGCAAGAACACGGGAUAUUACGCCGAUGAGGACCUCAACUGUGAGGUGUUCCACUACUGCCAGGAUAAUGUUAAGCAUUCCUGGAUCUGCCCAGACGGUUUCACCUUCCACCAAGUCCACUUGAUCUGUAUGCCGCCGACUCACGACAACAUCUGCCAGAAGUCGUCCAGCUACCACUUCGUGAACGACUACCUGUACCGACCCAUCAACGAGGAGGAGGUGCAGCGCAAGCCCAACGUGUCCCUCAAGUACUCCGACAGAUACUACCCGCAGGAGGUCUACAGGGACGACCGCUACGACAGAGAUGAGGAAGAGGAGGAGGAGCCGGUCCGCCGCCCCGCUCCCCCCGCCCCCCGGCCUGCCGCUCGUCCGCCGGCGCAGGUGUUCCGUUCAGCCGAAGAGGUCAACAUCCCGCUGGUGCAGCGACGCCCACAGCGGCCGACAGCCUACGACUUCGACAACUAAAACCCGAAGCGGACAGCGCGCGGCCAGAUCACGGCCGUGUCGAUGUUGAAAUCGAGCCCCUUCGAUAUUUAUGUAAAUUUAUUUAUACCGUUGUAGAGAGUUACAAAUUAGAUAUAAGCUAGUCUUUGUGUUAAAUUAAAUUAAGAAAAUAAAGUUUUUAAGAUUUUUA